GUUGGCAUUGGAUUCCAGAAUCUUCCCGAACAAACUCCUCGAACCAAUGAUGCUGUACUACUGUCACGCACCACACCUUUACCCACUCACUGCUCCUGCGCAUUCCCAUUUUCGUUCCCAUUCCAAACCCUCUCCACCUGCGCUUCCCCACUCUCCCACCAAACCUCAGCCUCUCUUCCCGUUUUCCUUCAGUGAUGGCCGAUGUUUCACCCGAUCCUCCAACUCCUCCCCAGCCGGACUCGGUGCCGGCCGACGAUUCGCCGCCCGUUUGGACUGCUCCGCCUUCGGCGGUCACUGACAAAGAAUCGCCGCCGCUGCCUGCGGUGGCUGAGCUACCGGCGAAAAGUGUAGAGGCGGCGGCGGCUGUCGAGUCGGAGAAACGGAAAGCGGUUCAGGAAGAGAAGUUCUCUCACUCCUUGGUUUCGUUCAAAGAGGAGAGCAAUAGGGCAGGCGAUCUUUCCGAGAUUGAGGGGAAGGCUCUCGAAGAGCUUAAGAAACUGGUUCAGGAAGCGCUCAAUAGCGGCCAGUUCACCGCCCAAUCGCCAUCCGCGUCGGCACCAGCGCCGGCAUCUAAAGAAGAGAGAGGAACAGAAGCACCAGAAAAGGAAGAGAAGCAGGAAGCACAGCUCACAACAAUUCAAGAAGUAUUAACUGUGUCUUCCGAACCCACUUCAGAUACUCGUUCAGCUAAAGAGAUCCCCGCAUCGGAAGCUGAGAUUUCGGGAGUUUCAACCCGUGAAUCGAAAGACGAAGAAAGGACACCACUGGUUACGGCGGUCACCGAUUCUGCCGCCCCGGAAGCUGGGGAAUCUGUUGUUACUAAGGGGAUCGAGAAAUCUACUUGUGAAGAACAAAUUCCAGUUAAGGAAAUUACGACAUCAGCCGAUGAGGUUUCUGUAUGGGGAAUUCCUCUUAUGAAGGAUGAUAGGAGUGACGUGAUUCUUUUGAAGUUUUUGAGAGCCAGAGAUUUCAAAGUGAAGGAUGCAUUUGUUAUGAUCAAGAACACGAUUAGGUGGAGAAAGGAGUUUCGAAUCGAUGAUCUUUUAGAUGAGGAUCUCGGGGAUGAUUUGGAUAAGGUGGUGUUUAUGCAUAAUUUCGAUAGGGAAGGUCAUCCUGUGUGCUACAAUGUGUAUGGUGAGUUUCAAAAUAAGGAGUUGUAUAACAAAACGUUUUCAGAUGAGGAGAAGCGAUGGAAGUUCCUGCGGUGGCGGAUUCAGUUCUUGGAGAGGAGCAUACGGAAGCUUGAUUUCAGUCCUGGCAGUACCUCUACUAUUUUUCAGGUUAAUGAUCUUAAGAAUUCUCCAGGACCAGGAAAAAGGGAGCUUAGGCAAGCUACCAAGCAGGCUCUUCACCUUCUCCAGGACAAUUACCCUGAAUUUGUUGCAAAACAGGUGUUCAUCAAUGUUCCUUGGUGGUAUCUUGCCUUCUAUACGAUGAUCAGUCCAUUCUUGACCCAGAGGACCAAAAGCAAGUUUGUGUUUGCAGGCCCAUCCAAAACAACUGAAACCCUUUUCAAAUACAUUUCUCCUGAGCAAGUGCCAAUUCAAUAUGGUGGCCUGAGUGUGGAUUCCUGCCAUUGCAACCCAGAGUUCUGCCUUGCUGAUCCAGUCACAGAGGUUGCUGUAAAACCAGCUAGCAAACAGGCUGUGGAAAUAUUAGUCUCUGAGAAAUGCUUUAUAACCUGGGAGAUCCGAGUAGUAGGGUGGGAGGUUAGCUAUGGCGCUGAAUUUGUGCCUUACGCUGAGGAUGGGUAUACGGUGAUCAUACAUAAGGCAACUAAGAUGGCUCCAACCGAUGAACCCGUGGUGUGUAAAAGCUUCAAAAUUGAUGAACUGGGCAAGGUUGUGUUGACGGUCAACAACCCAACCUCUAAAAAGAAGAAGCUUCUCUACAGGUUCAAGACCAAUCCCCUCCCCAGUUGAAUGUUUCUAAUCAGGCAAAAGGAAGAAUUAGAAGGUUGGCUAUUAUUUUGAGGAUUGCAUUUGGGGUUCUUCUGCUUGCGUAUGGAAGAUCUCAUUUUGGAGGGCUUUUUGUAUUGCAUUUUCUGCUCUGUAUAUUUCAUUAUUAUUAUUAUUAUUAUUAUUAUAAUUAUAUUUUGCCUGUUUUAUGGAGUCAA